CAGGAGGCGCGGGGCUCGGCGUGCCGCCGGCGGGAGAGGCGCGGCCGGCGCGCCGCGGGCACGCGCGCACGGUAAUCUUUGAGAUUUCAGAAGCCAGUUGCUAAAACUGACAGAAAAUGGCAUAUCGAAGAGAUGAAAUGUGGUCUGAAGGGCGAUAUGACUACGAAAGACUUCCAAGAGAACGCCUUCCUCCAAGGAUUCAUCCUGAUGCAAGUGAUGACUACCAUAGAGUAGUAAACAUUGUGCCCAAGAAACCACCACUGCUCGAAAGACCUGGGGAUGGAAGUUACAGUCGAUAUGAUGAUUAUAGUCAUGUUGACUACAGAGACUACGAGGAGGGUCGCAGUUUUGCCCAUGAACGAAGAAGCGGUCCACCACACCGAGGUGUACAUAAGGAUGAAUCAGGAUACAGAUGGCCAAGGGACGAUCAUCCUAUAAGUCGGCAGCCUGAAUACAGGGACAUCAGAGAUGGCUUCAGAAGAAAAAGCUUCUAUCCUUCCCACUACAUGAGGGAGCGAUCCCCUCAUAAGAGGGACUCUCCUUUCUUCAGGGACUCGCCUGUGAGCCGAAGGGAUUCUCCGCACAGCAGAUCCGGCUCUAGUGUCAGCAGUAGGAGCUACUCUCCUGAAAGAAGCAAAGUCUAUCCUUUCCACCAGUCCCAGCAUAGCAGAAGUAUGUCAUCUUUACAUAAAAGAAAUAUUUCUUCUCAGCAAGGUAAAGAGAGGACUUCAGUUCAAUCAUUGAAAACAUCAAGAGACACAUCACCAUCAGGUUCCACAGCAGUACCCUCGUCAAAGGCCUUGGAUAAGAGCAGCAGACUAUCAGAAAAGGAACUUGCAGAAGCUGCAAGCAAGUGGGCAGCUGAAAAGUCAGAGAAGGCUGAUGAAAGCAAUUUACCAGAAAUUACGGAAUAUGAUGCUGGAUCUUCAGCUCCAUUAUAUGUUGAACAAACAGAGGAAACGGAAACAAACAUGACGGAUAGUACAGAGUUAUAUGAGGAUGGCCAGCUUCUUGGCCGUUCAAAAGCAAUUGCAACUAAGACCAAGGAGAUCGAACAGAUCUACAGACAAGACUGUGAAACCUUUGGCAUGGUAGUGAAGAUGCUAAUUGAUAAAGAUCCUUCAUUAGAGAAGUCCAUUCAGUUUGCCCUCAGACAGAAUUUACAUGAAAUAGGUGAGCGAUGCAUUGAAGAACUCAAACAUUUUAUUGCCCAGUAUGAUGCUGCCAAUCAAGACUUGUCAGAAUCCUUCAAAGAGGGCCCAUAUUAAGGACAAAAAUACACUUUAGAUCAUCUGUAGUGUGUACACCGUAAUAUACGAAUAUGCUUUUUGCGGGGGAAGAGGAGUUCUUGUUGGAGAUCCGAACCCAGGGCCUAUGCUCCUCGUUGUAGCUAAGACAGCUAUACCUUGUUCAUUGUGGUCUUCACAAUUGUAUUCUUUCUACCUAUACUUGUUGACAUUUAUUCCUUUGAAAAGGAUAUUCUCUUCAAUAAUGCUGUAAAGUGACAAACUAUUUUUGGAACUUUUACAAAGUUACCUAGGAAAAAACGUUCAGUCUGAUGUAUGUACAUUUACAUUUUAAUGUGUAGAAGUGUAACUACAAGCACUGUAUUUUUUAUUAAAAUAACAAGAAAUAGCUCUUCAUUUGUCACCUUACUCAGAAAUAUGUCCUGUUUUCAUAAUACUAUAGGAAGACUUGCAAGAUUGUUCACAACUAUGACUUACACUAUUUAUUGUACUUUAAUUUUAAAUCUCAGAUUCAGUCUGUAAAAUGACACUAGAGGUUAUGCCUCUUGCCUCUGACUGCCAGAGCCACUUUCCCUGCUUGAUGCAAGAAGUGAUGAUUUUUUUCUUCUAAUUGCAGGUUCAGCAAAUGCCUUUUAAAUUUUGGUAUUUUCUGUAUUAUGAGUCAUUACAAGUAAGCAGUAUUAUGUAGCAUGAGUUCCAUUUUUUUUGUUAAUAUUUGCAACUAAAUAUUUCCUUUUUUAUUUUUUGACCACACCUUAUCUAGCAUAACUGCAGGCAGCCUCUGAAGAGGGGAAGGUCUAUUCUCCCUCUCCCUUGCAUUCUCCCUCUCUCCCCUUCUCCUUUUUUACGACUUUUCAUGGCUCAGUUUUAACAGUUGUAGGGCUGCACCCUUACAAUCCCUAGUGCUGGCAUUAAGAAGGAGUAGGAAUUUGGGACGUCAAGGUGAGUGGGACAGUGGCAAUGAGCAGGACUGUCUCUUUCUCUCACAAGUCCAAGUUGCCCCAAAUUCAUUGGCAUUUCAAACCUAGAUAAUCGUGUAAUGUCUGGAUUCACUUCUGACCUGACAGGGUUACUUUUAGUUGGGGACAAAAAUGGUUGAGGAGAGUCAAGAGAGUGCUAGUGCUGCAUGAUUGGUUUUCAGAGAUGAAAUAUAUCUAGGACUCAUUGGUGAUAUUCUGGCUAUUGCAUUACGUACAGAUUUACUUUUGGUAAGAUACUAUUUUUUAUGAACAUUUUAGGAAUGAGAGAAUUUGAAUCAUAACCAUGAAAAGGUAAGUAUAAGCAUAAUUGGUUUUGUACAUUUGUAUUUAAAGAUGUGAAACUCUAUAUGUAAGGACUAAAGACUAAAGCUAACCAAUUCCAAAAUGCACAGUAUUUUGAAGUGGAAGAAGUCAGUGAGUUCAGUCCCUUAUCGAGUAGCUUUUCAAACUUCAUCAGAAUGAUUUGCAGAAAGGUAAAUACAAUGGCAAUGAUUUUGCAUCCACAAGGUACUCCAUGUGUCGCAGCACCUUACACAUGCACUUGUUCAUCUGGUAUAUUAAAGAAUAUAUUGCAUCAGA